CAACGCUUCUGCCAUCCAUCUGCCAUGCGAUGCAUGGGGCUCCCGUUAUACAUCACCUCUCCUUAAAGAAUGCUGUUACCCAUGAGCUGCGUUUCCGUCUCAUGACUUCUGUUUCUUUCCACUUGACAUACCAACUAACCGUCUUCACUCGUUUCUUCUUGCGUUGUUUUUUUCUUGUACUUUUUCACUGCUCAAAGGCAGUGACAUCUGCUAGCAGCAAACAAGUGUCAAAGGACCUACCCACAUCGCUAUCAGGGUACUACCGGCACCCACUUCCGAAUCCUCUUCCCCAGCAGCGUCAUCGUACUUGGGGGCACGCGACCUUAAGACAGCACUUGCCCGCAGCGGCAAAGACGUCAAAAAACAUCUUAGACCAUUGCAUUCCUCUCUUUCAGCAUCGCCAAUCCGGAAUCUCAGUAUUCGCUGUAUAAUAUCGACGGUAGUAGAUAUCAUACUCAACCGACACACUAUUCAUAUAUUCCAGCCGUACCGCAAUCCGAUCCACCAAUCUCAUUCUUCUUCCAACCUGCCAGUACAAACAAUGAGGUUCUCUAUAUGCGCAGCGCUCGUCGCGGCGGCAUCCAUGGUGCGCUUCGCAGGAGCUUCGCCUGUGAAGAGAGAUUUGAGCAAAGAACAACAGCAAGCGCUCAAGUAUUUCCAUGAACCUGGAGACAGUAUUAUCAUGGCUCAUUACGACGCUCGCUUCUAUCAUGCUAUUGUCUCAGACGAAGAACGAACGCAAACGCAAAUUCACAUGGUCCGCGCAUACCUCAAUUUCUUCCGCGAGAACGACCUCGACACAUGGCUAGCACACGGAACCUUGUUGGGUUGGUGGUGGAACGGAAUGCGGUUACCAUGGGAUUGGGAUCUGGACACACAAGUAUCGGGCGCGACACUUCAAGUCAUGGGCGACAAAUUCAACCAAACACGGUCCAAGUACGUACCAGAAGACGGCUCAGCGCCACGCGAAUACCUUCUUGACGUCAACACUAUGAUCUGGGAGCGGGAGCGCGGCGAUGGUAUGAACAUCAUCGAUGCGCGAUGGAUCGAUGUCACCAACGGCUUGUACAUCGAUAUCACCGGCCUCAGCGAGACCCAUCCAGACACAAAUCCGGGCCAGUGGGUCUGCAAAAACUACCACAGAUAUCAAACCGAGGAAUUAUACCCUAUGCGCGAGACAACCUUCGAGGGUGUUCCCGCCAGAGUGCCGUACUCUUACGACAAGAUCCUGAUACAGGAGUAUCAAGAGAAGGCACUAAUCGUUACCGAAUUCGAGGGACACGCAUGGAAUGUGCAAGACAAGCUGUGGCAAAAAACACCCAAACGGAUCCAAGAAGAGCGCGAGGCAGCCGAGCGUAAACAAAAGGAGGAGGAGGAGGCCCGCAAAAAGGCCGAAGAAGAAGAGCUGAAGAACAAAAAGGCCAACGGAGAAUAGAAUCUCUUCGGUCAGCAUGGCAUCAAGGGCGUUUUUGUUGCAUUUUGGGUUUGGAUACACAGCGAUUGGCGUUGAGCAUUUGUCGGCGUUUCUCCUUUUGAUCUUCUUCAUUUCACUUCUUGGAUUCUGGAACGGCAUUUUGGAUACGAUCGCGGCUCUCUGGUCAGAUGCCCCUUUGGAGUGUAGCAUUCGGUGCGGUGUAUUGAUACCCUUGCUGUGUUGGAUUGAGGGCAUUCGUAUCUAUGGCUAUCUCGGACGGGGUCUGCAUGAUAGGCCGUCUAUCUGUAUAUACAUACUUCGGUAUACAUUCUGCAAUAUAACAUUGAAUAUGGAACUUAUUCGUCGCAUUGCCUGCCAGGCUACUUCG